UAGGAACCUUUAUCAAGGAAAUUGUCAGAGAACUGUUUUCUCAGUUUUGAACUGAGGAAGAACCCAAAAAGAAAUGGAAAAAACCCACCAAAUUUGAAAAACCUUAGUCACUAUUCUCUCUCAAACUGCAACUACUACUACAACUUACUCUCUUUUCCAUGGAUUACCUUAAAUCCGCGCUUCCUUCUCAAAUAAUUUCAGAACGAGGCUCUAAUCUGGUUGUUAUCAACCCAGGUUCUGCAAAUAUUAGGAUUGGCUUGGCUUCUCAAGACACCCCUUUUAAUAUUCCUCACUGCAUUGCUCGCCACACCAAACAGACCGAAGGGAAUGUCAUAGAUCAGAUGCUCAAUAGUCAUGUGGUGCCUGAACAGCACAAGGAAAGGGAAAAAGCUUAUAAUACCAUUGCAUCAUUGUUGAAGAUACCAUUUCUGGAUGAAGAAGCUCCCAGUAAUUCUAUCCCUCGCAAGAUGGGACGUGUUGAUGGACACAAUCCUCAUAUUAUCAGGAAAAACUUGCCCUUCACUUGGACUAAUUUAUAUGAAGAGGCCAUUGAUUCAUCUGUAUCAUUAGAAACUUCAAGUAAAGGUGAGAAUGGUGAGUCUUCAGAUCCAAAAGAAGAAGGUGCAGAUUCGAAGGAUAUUAAUGCAAGUGAAAGAAAAUUCAAAGAGUUCAUUUGUGGUGAUGAAGCAUUACGAAUAUCCCCAACUGAGCCGUAUUGUAUAUGUCGACCAAUCCGCAGAGGACACUUGAACAUUUCACAACAUUAUUCCAUGCAGCAGGUACUGGACGAUCUGCAUACUAUUUGGGACUGGAUUUUGAUAGAGAAACUUCAUAUUCCUCGCAAUGAAAGAAAUAUGUAUUCUGCUGUUCUUGUGAUGCCUGAAACAUUUGACAAUCGUGAAAUAAAGGAAAUCAUAUCUUUGGUGUUGCGAGAACUCUGCUUUGGCUCUGCAGUGGUACACCAGGAAGGUAUUGCAGCAGUUUUUGGAAAUGGAUUAUCAACAGCAUGUGUUGUGAAUAUUGGUGCUCAGGUGACAUCACUUAUAUGCAUUGAGGACGGAGGUGCUCUACCUUCAACUGGAAAGACUUUACCUUUUGGUGGUGAGGAUAUAACAAGGGGGCUUCUCUGGACCCAAAGACAUCACCAGACUUGGCCACAAAUUCGUACAGAUGUUUUCAGAAAGCCUGUAGAUCUGUUAAUGUUAAAUCAACUGAAAGAAACAUAUUGUGAAAUCAAGGAAGAGGAACUUGAUGCCGUUGCAGUAGUUCAUUCAUAUGAGGACAGAGGGCCACCUGUGUCUCACAAGAUAAGGCUUACUGCUCUUAAUGUCCCUCCUAUGGGAUUGUUCUAUCCAAAGCUUUUAGUUCCUGACGUGUAUCCUCCUCCCCCUCGCACUUGGUUUCAUGACUAUGAGGAUAUGCUUGAAGAUACAUGGCAUAUUGAUUUUUCCCGGAGGUCUGACAUGUCUGAUACCUUCUAUCCCAAUGUUAAUGGAGGAUUACCAAUGUGGGAAAGCUAUCCCAUUUUUUCAGCUAAGCCAAAAAAAGAAGAAAAAGUGGGCCUUGCAGAAGCAAUUACUAACUGCAUUCUCUCAACUGGUCGCAUAGACAUCCAGAGAAAAUUAUUUUGUAGCAUACAAUUGACUGGCGGGGUGGCUUUAACAAGAGGUUUAGUUGCAGCAGUUGAAGAAAGAGUUUUACAAGCCAUCCCUCCAAAUGAAGCAAUUGACACUGUGGAGGUUCUACAAUCAAGGACAAAUCCGACGUUUGUGUCUUGGAAAGGCGGGGUGAUUCUUGGAGUACUUGAUUUGGGUAGGGAUGCAUGGAUAAGCAGGGAGGAUUGGAUUCACAAUGGGAUUCAUGUGGGAAGUAGCAAAAAAUACAAAGAUUCCUAUUAUCUUCAAGCGCAAGCGAUGUGUUAUAUGAAUUCUUAACCAUUGAGAAGACACUCAGGAAGAAAUAUACAAUGAAUGUUUGAUGAAAUAAUUUUAAUUUCAAUGUACUGUUAAUUCAAAUGUUGACAGUGGUUAUAAGUCUAGAUUAUAGCUUCUAUAGAUUGAAACUAUCUGAUAUUGUCAAUCAAUAUAUUCAAAGGUAUAAUGAAACGUGAGGAACAAUAGUGGAGUCCCACAUCGAGAAAUUAAGUGAAGAGACUGAGGCUUCUUGUUAUAAAUAGAAGUGAAUGUUCUGUGAUUACCCUUAAAAGGGUCGGUUGGCUAAAUAUGCCACGUUCAUCCUAGAUUGGUGAAUGCUGUAUGGCUAUCAAGACAUAUGGCCGACAUAAUUUAUGGAACUCAAAAGGGUUGGCUCUCUUGGCCGACCCU